AUGAAUGUUGUGUCCAAUGCAGCUGGUGGGUAUGCUAAUGUGGGGUAUACGAGGCAAGACGUAUAUAACUAUGUCGAUAGGUGCCGAAAAGAAAACAUCAGCAACGGUGAUGCUACAGCUGCACUGAGUUACUUGAGUUGUAAAAGCUACAAUGACAAUGGGUUUUUUAUGAGGUUCAAAGUUGGUGAAGACUCGAGACUGGAGAAGUUAUUUUGGGCGGAUAGCAUAAGCAGGGUAGACUUUGGAUGCUUCGGUGAUGUGUUAUCGUUUGACACUACAUACAAGAAAAAUGCGUACAAUAUGCCUCUAGUGAUAUUCUCAGGUGUAAAUCAUCACAACAACACGUGUGUGUUUGCAUGUGCACUCUUGAACAAUGAAAAUGAAGAAUCCUAUAAUUGGGUGUUAGAAGCCUUUGUGGAAGCAAUGGGUAAGAAGCCUAAUGCCGUUGUCACAGAUGGAGAUAAAGCAAUGGCGAAUGCUGUUAGUAAGGUUUUUCCUGAUGCAACCCAUCGUUUGUGCUCAUGGCAUCUGUUUGGUAAUGCAAAGGACCAUGUGAAGGAUAAGAAGUUUCUUUUCUCGUUCAAGAUAUGCAUGUUUGCUGAUUGUGGGAUUGAGGAGUUUGAAGAGAGGUGGAGGUCAUUGAUCACCAAGUUUUCAGUUGAGGACAAUACCUGGAUUGGAAACACUUAUGAGAAACGGCGAGAGUGGGCAACUACAUACUUAAGAGAUAAGUUUUUUGCUAACGUCCGGACGACAUCUCGUUGUGAAGGGGUCAAUUCAUUCAUUAAGAAGUACGUUAGUUGUCAGCAUAAUCUCCUGGAGUUUGUGAAUGAUUUUGAUCGAGCAUUGCGACAUUUCAGAGAGAAUGAGGUUAAAGCAGACUUCAAGUCCAACUAUGGAACUCCUGAGCUAAGAAACACAGGUUUGAGAUCUCUCGAAAUAAGUGGUGCUAGUGUUUACUCAAGGGAGGCAUUUUUACAUUUCGGGAGCAGCUCGAAGCAUCUAAUGGAUGCAUUAUGA